CAGACUGGCGAUCAGGGUGACGGUCUGAAGGAGCAAGUAGGUCGGGUGGCCAGCUGGGCCGUACACGUGGACAAACUACUUCAGGACCCAGUCGGCGUUGAAGUCUUUUCGGAAUUCCUGAGGAAAGAGUUCAGCGAAGAGAACAUCUUGUUUUGGAAGGCGUGUGAGAAGUACCGUCAACUGACAGGUGACUCUGAGCGCAACGUUCAGGACGGAGUCAUCUAUGGCCGCUUUUUGUCCCCCACGGCAGAUGAUCCCGUGAAUGUGGAUGAUGUAGCCCGCUCUCACACGCGGAUGUUUCUGGACAAUCCCGCAGUCGACAUGUUUGAUGAGGCUCAGAAGCAGAUCCAUCAACUGAUGCGUCGUGACAGUUAUGUGAGAUUCGUCAAGUCUGAUUUGUACAAGAACAAGUUAAUGGAGGAAAUGGAGGGUAAACCUGGACAGACUGGCGAUCAGGGUGACGGUCUGAAGGAGCAAGUAGGUCGGGUGGCCAGCUGGGCCGUACACGUGGACAAACUACUUCAGGACCCAGUCGGCGUUGAAGUCUUUUCGGAAUUCUUGAGGAAAGAGUUCAGCGAAGAGAACAUCUUGUUUUGGAAGGCGUGUGAACAGUACCGUCAACUGACAAGUGACUCUGAGCGCAACGCUGAGGCCGGAGUCAUCUAUGGCCGCUUUUUGUCUCCCACGGCAGAUGAUCCCGUGAAUGUGGAUGGUGUAGCCCGCUCUCACACGCGGACGUUUCUGGACAAUCCCACAGUCGACAUGUUUGAUGUGGCUCAGAAGCAGAUAUAUCAACUGAUGCGUCGUGACAGUUAUGUGAGAUUCGUCAAGGCUGAUUUGUACAAGAACAAGUUAAUGGAGGAAAUGGAGGGUAAACCUCUGCAGGGACAGAUGCCAGACAAACUACCAGUAGAAAAAAGAGAAGAGAAAAGAGUGAGUAUAUAUUUGAAGUUAUCAGCCAGGGAUGAAUUUUUAAUUGAGAUUUUUCAGGGAGAGUUUGACCUUUCUGAGUACACUGCCUGCCCACAACGUGCUGCAUCAGCAAGUCCGAUAACUGGCUCUCAUCGUGUUCUCACCCUGAGACACUAUCGGUCACUGGGAAUCUUUUGA